UGUUAAUAGCCUCGAGGCUCACUUUCUUUUUAAUUGGAGGAAAUACUAAAGUCAAAGGAACACCAGGACUGAAUAAGAAGAGAACAGUCAGAAAGAAAGUAUAGCCUUGGCAGUAGCUGUGAUAGGAUAUAUUCCUUAAGUUUAUCCGAUGCCAGAGCCUGAUUAAUUAUUCACUUAAUCCAUAGCCAUGAUUGUGUUUAAACAUUAAUUUCAGUCCCCAGGUGUGAGAACCAUGCAGACCGGCUGCCAAAGAUCCCAGAAUGAUCAGAUUUGGAGACAUCUUGAAGGUGAUCGGAGAAUUUGGCAGGUUUCAGAAAUGGCUGGUGGUGCUGAAUUGCAUCCCCAAUUUCCUAAUUCCCUUUCAUGUGUUCGGACAAGUGUUCAUUGUCAUGGACGUGCCUCACUACUGCAACACGAACUGGAUCCUUAAUAUUACCCAAAACCUGACCCAAGAGCAGCAGCUGAACUUGACCAUUCUCAGGAAACCAGAUGGCUCUUUUGAGGAAUGCUCCAUGUUUACUCCUGUGGAAGGCGAUAUCGAUUCAAUCAUAAAAGACGGACAAAAUUCCACGGAAGCCUGCCGAGAUGGUUGGGUGUAUCCCACAGAUCCAAAGCCAUCGUUGCUGACAGAGGUAUUUUACAGCCCUUGUUAAAUAAUUUGACUCUGUCUCUCCUGAAGGGUGUGUGCAUGCGCGCACAUCAAUUGCUAACCAUACUGGACAACUCUAAAGUGAUUUCAUUGGUGCUGUCCCUACAACUAAAAACCUGGAUAGGGGAAUGGACAGGUCAGGGAAUGCUUUUGGGGAAAAAGCCAGUGAAGUCGGGUUUAAAAAGAAGAGACCAUUACAGUUUAAGGAUUAUGAAAUUUAUAUUAAUUCUCUAUGUAAGGUGCGACUGAUGGUACUUUCACUAUGGUUCAUUUUGUCCUUUUUUGUUGUGUGUUGAGCAAACAAACAAACAAACAAAUGAAUGAAUGAAUGAAUGAAAAGAAAAACAAAAACCAGUGAGCCUAUGAUAAAGUACCAAAAUGUGGAUAGAUUAGUGGCAUUCCUCUUCUUUUAAUCCAGAUGUUACAUAUCAUGGGAUAGUUAUCCUGAAGCUCUUUGAUGUUGAAGCCUUAUUGGAUGAUGUGCUUAUUUAAUCCCCAUUCUUACUUUCUGAAUCUGAUUGCUGCAAGUAUGAAACUCCACUAUCUGGGAGAUAAUAAAUUAUUAUUAUUAUUAUUAACCAGAUUUUGAAGCAGGGAGACAAUUCAAGCAGUCCAGAGAGAGAGAGAGAGGAAAAGAUGUCAUAUCGUCAUUCCAGAACUUUACAGCAAUGGAUGUCAAUAGUUCAUGUUUCUUAAAGACAAUUGCUUGUUAAUUGUCUAGGUCUCAGUUGAUAACUUUUAAAGAAAUGAAUGGCUUCAGCCUGUAUUCCUCAAGUAUACUUUGCAGUUGUAGGAAUUCUUCCUGCUUCCGGUUUCCCUGGUUUCCAUUUUGUGAGGGAAACUCAGCAUUAAUGAGGCAAAAAAAUAACAAGGCUUGAACGUUUAAACUGCUGUAUGAUCUUUUUUGGCUGGGAUACAAUUUUUAUACUGUGGUAAUAAGGAUUACCUUUAAUAAAGAGAUUAUGCCAGAUCGCACAUUUACCAAAUGUGAGGCCUUGUAGGUCAUGAGGAAGUCCUCUAACCAUUUUGACACCUCUGUGAGGUAACGAGAAAGUUUUAUUAAUUUUUCUCUAAUUCCCACGUGAGAUAAAUUUGGAAUAUUAGAGGCAGAUAUGUCCCGUUUUCAGAGGCUCUCCUAAAAGCUACUAGCAAAUGUUAAUCUGUUUGUUUAUGAAGAUAAUUCCAUGUCACUUUUCAUUUUUUCCCCUCCCCCCCCCGCAGCAUUUUAUUUAUUUAUUAAAGUUCUUAUGUUACAUUGGUAAACAUUAUCAUAUUACAUCACAAGGCUUAUUAUACUAUAAAUUUCAACAUGUAUACAAAGUUUAUAUACUAAAAGGGAAAAAAAGAAAAAUGGACAAAAAACUAUUCCAAAAUCAUAUAUGUACCAACACUUUGGACUUCCUGUCUAUCCCGUUGUAUAUUCCUUUUUUACAAAUGAAUGUACUCUUAUUAUUGUAUAUUUCUUUCCAUUUUAUCUAAUACAUUCCUAUAUCAAUAUAUAUCCUUGGUCUUAUUUCUCAACUCAGUCUCUCCCCAACGUCAGUCAAAUGCCAGCUUAGACAGUGCACCUUUACUGUAUUUUUGAACAUAUAUGUUAUAUCUAUCCCACUUUUCCAUAAAUUUUUGUUUUGAGUUGCUUCUCAGGCUAUUUGUCAACUGUGCCAUUUCAGCAAAUUCUUGUAGCUUGUUAUGCCAAUCCGUUAUUGUCCAUGUCACUUUUCAAGUGAGCCUUACAAGGCAGUUUAUAUAGGAAUAUGCAUACAUUAGCACUCUGUUAAAAAACAGCCAAAAAAGGGAGACUUUUUAAAAACUAGAAAUCGCCUUCCCUCAGGGAGGAGGAUGUUUCAGUUUUCAGAUUUGGUGGCAGUUAGGGGAGGGAGAGAACACCUGAGCUGGAACAAGAUGGCGGCUCUCCUGUCUCUCCUCUCCACAGGGGACAAUUCUUUUUGAGCAUUCUGGAAUUUCCCCCAAAGAGGGGAUUAUUAUUAUUAUUAUUAUUAUUAUUAUUAUUAUCUUGCCCUACUUCCCAAAGGAGCCCAGGAUGGCAAAUAACAACUCAAUAAUUUUUUUAAAAGGGGGGGAAAAACCCCCACACCAAAUACCCUCUCAAAGUUGAGAAAAACAAUUUCUUGCCACCACCAAAUGCCUGGAGCUAACGGGAAUGUUUUAAGAUUCUGCCUCAUGGGAGAAAUUCUAAGAUUAUUUGGUUAAAUAUGUUAAGAUAAAUUAAAUAGAACUACUUGUGGCCUAGGAUAUAAAUAUGUGAUAAUGUAGAAUACUAUGGAUAUAAGUCAAAAUGAAAAGAAGGAAAGAUGUUAAUUGGACUAAGUAAAUUUUAUGUGAAAGUAGUCUUGGAAAACUGCUACAAUGAUUUAUAUGGAAACUCAGCCAAGGGGAUUCGAGGAAGUCACCCAGCAAUGAUAACAAAAGUGGAAUUGCUACAGUUAGGAUAUAUGUUUGUUUGUUUUUUAAUGUCUUAUUUUUAUGUUUGUGGAUAUGUCUGUUAUAAAUUUGGAAAACUAAUACAUUUCUUUUGAAAAAAAAUAAUAAUUCUUUCUCAGCACUAAUAAUGAGGGUGAGGAGAUUCACCUCACCAGGGAAGGUACUCUUGUAAGUGAGGGGACUUGACCAAGGUGGGGUAAAAUUUGAGUCCACCCUUCAGCAUAAGGCCCAGGGCGCAUUAAAGCAAUAAAAUGGUAUACAUUAUGAAAGCAAGUGAAACAGUUAAAUUUUUAAAAAGAGCAGGCUAAUACUAUUCAAACAAAACCAGAAACAGUGUAGAUUUGUGAUAUACUGUACACAUUGCAGUGUCAGGAGAGGGAAGUACAAGGAUUUUUCUUCUUUUUCUUUAGUUCAACUUGGUCUGUGACCGAAAUAACUUAAAAGACAUCUCUCAAUCUAUUUACAUGGCGGGUGGCCUUGUGGGAGCCCUGGUCCUUGGCCCGCUGAGCGACUGGUAAGUAAAACUUUGAGAUGUCGUGGAGAAGCUGAGAGAAAAUGGCCACUCCAUUUUCAGGAGGUGAAGGGGAGAGGCUUUUCUGCAAUCCUCAUCGGAAGCCUUUUUUCGUGUGCCUCCUCAUUGAGAAGCCCGGAGGGUGGCAACACGAGAACGGGGCCUUUUCUGUGGUGGCUCCCUGUUUGUGGAAAGCGCUCCCCAGGGAGGCUCACCUGGUGCCUUCAUUAUAUAUUUUUAGGUGCAAGGAGAAAACGUUCCUCUUGAACCAGGCCGUUGGGAAGGGUGGGUCAUGGUUUUGAUGUUUUGUUUUUAAUCAUUUACUUGUUUUUUAUCCUGUAUUUUAUGCUGUGAACCGCCCUGAGAUCUUACGAUAUACAGUGGUACCUCGGGUUACAUACGCUUCAGGUUACACACUCCGCUAACCCAGAAAUAGUGCUUCAGGUUAAGAAUUUUGCUUCAGGAUAAGAACAGAAAUUGGGCUCCGGCGGCGUGGCAGCAGCAGGAGGCCCCAUUAGCUAAAGUGGUACUUCAGGUUAAAAACAGUUUCAGGUUAAGUACGGACCUCCGGAACGAAUUAUUUACUUAACCCGAGGUACCACUGUAAAUCAUCAUCAGCCCCACAAUAACUCUGGGCUUAUCCUCACUUCCUCUUGUCCCCCUGCUUUUUGUAGCACUCAGUCGGAGCAAACGGCAAUUUGGGUUUCCCCUGAAGCACCAUUUGUUCCAAUCUGUCACUAAAGAGCGGUUUUUCCCCUUGGAAAGGAGCAGGACAAGGGGGAAACCACUCAGACCUGUGCUUUCUAGGCACGGUAUAGGCAGAAGUAAGGAUAAGCCCUCUGUGAGGUAAUAAUAAAAAAUAAAAAAUAAUAAAUUUAGUAGGCUUCCUUUUGCAGAUUGAUCCAUCUUGUAUUGCAUUUCCCUCCUCCAGCACUGGAAGUCACAUGAUGAUCCUGCUCAGCCUCCUCCUCAUGGGCUCCUUUGGUGUUGGGGCAGGAUUUUCUCCAAAUUUCUACGUCUACAUCGCCCUGAGAUUCAUCGUGGGCGCCGCUUUUGCUGGGAUCAGCAUCAGCAUGUCAGCUUUAAGUGAGACGCUUCCGCUUCUCUGGGGAGGUUUAGGCCUUGCUAUCAAAAGAAUCACACUCCAUCUUUGGUAUCCUCCAGAUGUUUUGCACUAAACACAGUUUUGCUGGUUGGGGGGCAGUGCAAGUUAUAGCCCAAAACAUCUGUAGGGCAUCUGGUUGGGGGCACUGCCUUACUCUAUCCAACCUGCACAACUUGCUUUUUAUGAAUAUAUUGCCCUCCCCAAAUACAGUGGAUGCUCAGGUUGCGAACGUGAUCCGUGCGGGAGGCAUGUUCGCAACCUGCAGCGCUGCGCCUGCGCGGGUCGCAAUUCGGCGCUCCUGCGCAUGCACAAAGCGUGAUUUAGUGGUCCUGCGCAUGCGCGAGCUCCAAAACCCGGAAGUAACCCCUUCCGGUAUUUCCGGGUUCGGCGCGGUGCACAACCUGAAAACACGCAACCUGAAGCGUCUGUAACCCGAGAUAUGACUGUAGAUAUAUUUUCUCUCACGGUAACAUUGCUUAAAGGUGAAUGUUGAGGUACAGUGCCGGAUUUAUGUAUAAGGUAAACAAGCUAUAGCUUAGGGCCCCACUCUCUUGGGAGCCCCCAAAAAAUUUAAAGGAAAAAACAUGGAUGUACAGUUCCAAAAUAUAAGAUAAAAAACAAAUAAAAUAAAACCUACAUACAGCAACAGUGUUUUGUGUUGUGUAGGCUCCUAUGAUGUAAGUCAUGGGCCCCGCCUGCUAGCCUGCUCCCUAAAAUAUCACUGGUUUGCUCAUUUCUAUAUAUAGGGUGCCUACAUUCUGCAUGUGCAAAUGGCUUUAGAUAACUGUUAGGUUCAUAAAUUACCAUUUAGCAUAUAUUCAACACAAAAAACAGCUACAAUUUGUUGUUGACAAAGGACAGCUGGACAUAUAAAGGGCCCCAUUAUCUUCAGUAGCUAUAAUGGUAUGGGGUUGCUCGUGCGUAAGUUGCCGCCUCUCUUGGCUAUGUUGCCUUGUUAAACCUUUCUGUCUGGACAGCCCUUCAAUUCGUGGCUGCCUCAGUCGCUAGCAGAAUCCGUCAGUGGGCGUUUCUUAAACCUUUUCCAACAUAAAAGUUGUUUGACACCCAGUCUCCUCCUACUUUCUCUGCGCGGAAGUCUUCUGCGCAGGGAGGGCGUGGGUAGCGGAGGACCAGUGCUCUCCCCGCUGGUGUCCGGUGAAGAGUCUGGGAGCCCUCUCUCUGAUUCCCCCAUCUGCCCCUCCUUAUUCCUGGUGUUGCACUGAAUUGCUUCCCCAUCUGCUGAGCUGCCUCUCUCCCUGCUGGGCCCUUCUCCAGCAUCAUUAGAGAGCCUCCCCUCCACCUCUAGCUCCGAUGUCAGUUCCCUGACAGUAGCUUAGGGCCUCCUCAAACCUAAAUCUGGCCCUGUUGAGGUACAGUGUCAUUGUUCUGUUCAGAAGCAUCCCAACCAUGAAAUGAGAUGCAGAGACGGCCCACUUGUUUGAGACACUUUAGGAGCCAAUUUGCAAGGGGACUGAGGUAGGGUAAAGACUGUUUGGGGGACAGAUGGAGCCUAGUGUGUCUGGUGGGUGGAAAGCACAACACCUGCCUAGUUAAGGAAAGAGCCAGGCUGUGCCAGGCGCGUCAGGUGAACUCUGAUGGACAUGAUUUGUGUGUUUGUGUAAAUGUGUGUCUCAAACUGGGGACCCAAUCCAAAUAAUCAGUAACUGCUGCAAGCGUUCCAGCCUCCUCCUUGACAUCAUCACAUUACUGCAACGCGCUCUACGUGGGGCUACCUUUGAAGGUGACCCGGAAACUACAAUUAAUCCAGAAUGCGGCAGCUAGACUGGUGCCUGGGAUUGGCCGCCGAGACCACAUAACACCGGUCUUGAAAGACCUACAUUGGCUCCCAGUACGUUUCCGAGCACAAUUCAAAGUGUUGGUGUUGACCUUUAAAGCCCUAAACGGCCUCGGCCCAGUAUACCUGAAGGAGCGUCUCCACCCCCAUCAUUCUGCCGGGACGCUGAGGUCCAGCGCCGAGGGCCUUCUGGCGGUUCCCUCAUUGCGAGAAGCAAAGCUACAGGGAACCAGGCAGAGGGCCUUCUCGGUAGUGGCGCCCGCCCUGUGGAAUGCCCUCCCAUCAGAUGUCAAAGCGAUAAAUAACUACCUGACAUUUAGAAGGCAUCUUAAGGCAGCCCUGUUCCGGGAAGUUUUUAAUGUGUGACAUCUUAGUGUAUUUUUUGUCUUUGUGGAAGCCGCCCAGAGUGGCUGGGGAAACCCAGCCAGAUGGGUGGGGUACAAAUAAAAAAUUAUUAUUAUUAUUAUUAUUAUUAAUCCACCGUUAUUUAAUAAUAAUAAUAAUAAUAAUAAUAAUAAUAAUUUAUUAUUUAUACCCCGCCCAUUUGGCUGGGUUUCCCCAGCCACUCUGGAUGGCUUCCAACAAAACACUAAAAUACAAUAACCUAAUAAUAAAGCCGGGCGGUUAAAUGAUUUUUUUUUUUUUUAAUGUGAGUGGUUGACAAUGGCAAGGUCUUCUCCUGAUACUGAUUGUAACUUGAACCCUUUUAGCUUCGGAGUGGGUUGGGCCUUCCUAUCGCCCGCUUGCGAUGAUCAUCAGCUACUGCUUCCAAGGCGUUGGGCAGAUGGCCUUGGCUGGUUUGGCAUACUCGGUCCGUGACUGGAGGAACUACCAGUUUGCUGGCUCAGCUCCAGCAUUCGCCCUCUUUUUUUAUAUAUGGUGAGUGUGCACAAGAACCAGAAAUGAGCAUAAUGGGGCUGUGUGUAAAACAAUACAGCAUACUGUAUAUCAUUAAGAGUAACAGUAGCAUAGGCUCAUAACCACCCUGUGUUUUAAGAUCUGUCAUAUUUUAUGAUCUGCCAGGGACCAAGAUAAAGCUCUAUUUAGCUUGGGACAAAACUACUUGAAGGAGUACCUCUCACCCAAGCUGCCCCUGAGUUAAGAUCUGAGAGAAAAGAUAUGAAUGCCUGUGGACCCACUAGUGUGGGUGAUCAACAAAACAAUUGGCUGGAUGCUUAUAUUCAAAACAUGGGGCUUUGUACACUCUCCUGCAGGGAGAGAGCAGCAGCAGCAGCAGAGACUGAACUCGCAUUAGGAAUAUAGGUUGUUAUGCCGUUUUUUAUGCCUUUCAGCUGUACACAACAGUUGACCUCUUCCUACCCCUCUUGCAAUGAGCAGAUCACACACUGUUAAGUAAGUUUUAAAAUAUUUACUUACAGAUUCAAGGUCUCAGUCGUGCGCUGUUCCAUACAGCAGCAAGGAUAAUACAGGCAAAAUGCUCUUAGGUAGAAAAUACAGAAUAUAGUUCCAAACACAUGCUGUAAGAUUGGGAGCAAGCUUCCACACAUAUCCUCUUUCAUUGGUUAUAUGAUGCAGAGGCAUCACUUCCUCAUUGGACUGAGACCUGAGUCUGUCUAGGAAUACAACUCUAUGGUCCUUAACCCCUUCAUGUACUAACUAGCAGUUAGGGUUGACUGCAAUCUCCCACAGGUUUAUUGCAGGAAUGCCUUUUGGUUGUACUGCAACUGAAUGAGAACUGUUGUGCCCAGGAGACUAGUUCAUUAGGGCGAAUGGGGCACAUCCCCAGCAAUCUCAAACUGCCCUCAGAUGGCUCCCACCUAAGGCCUUUUUACUUACAAAAAGACACAGCCUGCCAGCUUCUUAGUCUCAGCGUUAUCCCUUGUAUAACCCAGCAGGGAGGAGAAUGAGGAUACAGGGCUCGCCCAGAUUUGCCCUUGCCCUGCUGUUUCCCCCCUGGGAAACUCUAUUUUUUACCACUGAAUCAAAGCAAACAUCAAGGGACUUUUCUCCUGAUUGACAUUUGCUCCGAUUUAUUCCUAAAGAGCGGAUUUUCCAUGGGGAAAUAGCAGGACAAGGGCAAAGCUGCCUGGAAGGCAUGGGACAAACAGGAAGCAGCAGACAAGCAGAAGUGUGGAGAAGCCCACAACUAGAAUUAGUUGGCCCUGCCCUGCCAUUGGCUCUUGCUCCACCUACUGUUGGUUUCAUUGACUCCCAGCCAUGCUUCACAAACUCUUGUCUUUUUCAGGGUUCUUCCCAAGUCUGCGCGAUGGCUUCUGACAAAAGGGAAGGUCGAGGAAGCCAAAAAGGUGCUUCGAAAGGCUGCUUCCGUUAACAAACGAACCGUCUCAGAAGAACUACUCAACCAGGUAGCAAAGCCUGGGAUUUCUAUUGCUCCUUUUCUGGAAAUGUCUGGGGAGGAUAUUGAGGGAAAGCGGCAUAGAAACACAAUAAAGGUAAAGGGGUAAAGGGACCCCUGACCAUUAUGUCCAGUCGUGGCUGACUCUGGGGUUGCGGCGCUCAUCUCGCUUUAUUGGCCGAGGGAGCCAGUGUACAGCUUCCGGGUCAUGUGGCCAGCAUGACUAAGCCGCUUCUGGCGAACCAGAGCAGCACAUGGAAAUGCCGUUUACCUUCCCGCUGGAGUGGUACCUAUUUAUCUACUUGCACUUUGACGUGCUUUUGAACUGCUAGGUUGGCAGGAGCACGGACCGAGCAACGGGAGCUCACCCCGUCGUGGGAAUUCGAACGGCCGACCUUCUGAUCGGCAAGUCCUAGGCUCUGUGGUUUAACCCACAGCGCCACCCGCGUCCCCAGAAACACAAUAGAUCAUAUCAAUCCAAUACUCUAGUCUCUCAUGCUGCAUUAGAAUUUUUUUUUUAAAAUCUGUUGCAUAUCCACCUCAAGCAUUCCUUAUUAAGCUGUUAGCCUGUCCCUCCAAACUCAUUUUGUUUUAUUUACAACAAAAUGUAUAUUCAUUCCCACCCUUCCUCCAAGGAGGUAAGGAGGACAGCUUACACCGUGUGUGAAACAUUCUCCAGAUGUUGUGCAACUGCAGCUCCCAUCACCCUCAGUGAGCAUAACCAAGGCUGGGGAAUCUCAUGAGUUACAGUUCAAAAACACCUGGAGGACCACAGGUCCCCUACAUUUGGCUUACAUCGUUCCCCAUUCCCUGCUUUAGCCUCCUUAUAGGCCUGUGAGAUUUGGGCAGGGGGAGAGAUGAGUCGAAGUACACCCAGUGAGUUUUGUGGCUGAGUGGAAUCUCUCCAGUCUUAGUUCAACUUGCUAACCCACCUGGCACCCUGGCUGUUUUGAACUAAAACUCACAUCAGGCCAAGCCAGCACAGCUGCCCUGGCAGAUGGGUCUGAUGGGAGUUGUAGUUCAAAGCCACUGGAGGGCACCAGGUUGGGGAAAACUGUCCUUUGAUGUUCUGUGUCUCUCUUGUCUUGCACAUUUUGAAGCUGGCUCCAGAAAAGAAGGUGAAAUCUGGGAAUAUUCUGGAUCUUUGCAAGAAUCCGCGUCUAAGGAUUUUGACUUUAAUCAUGGUCGUAGUCUGGUAAGAAUUCUGAAGUACAUUAAUUCAGCAACCAAUAUAUAAUAUGCAAGUGGCUUCAGUUUUGUGUGUGUUGUUUAAACUUCCUUGUUAUUGUUUCUUCAUGUAUAAAAUGAGCACAACCAGCAACUUACGGCUAAACCUUUGUAUGGUCUGUAUAGUCCAAGGCAGGACUUUUCUCUUACCCUUGGUUGCUACACUGAGAAUUAAUUUUUAUUAAUUAAAAUAUUUUAAUGUCACACUUCCAGGGUGGCUGACAAUGAAAACAUAGCACACACGCUGCAAAUAUCAAGAAUUGUCAAAUAAACAAAAGAGCGGUAAGCAGCAAGGGAAACACAAAAAUCAGUGGGAUCGGUGGAAUGAAAACCAUACCCACUUGUCAAACAAAGGUCUUUGCCAGGUGCCAAAAUGACAUCAGAGUUGCUGUUGUGCAGGCCUGCUUCUGGAGCGCAUGUUCUGCAAAUAUGUUGCCUCCGAUGUGAUCCUUUUUCAAGUCACCAUCUUUGUUUUUUUUAAAAAAAUAAUAUUUAUUAAAGUUUCAAAGGGAAAAAAAAUCACAUUAGUAAAAAAAAAUUAACAAUGAAAAGGAAAAAUACAAAGUAGAAAAAAAAGAAAAAACAGUUAAAAACAAUUCCAUCUUUUCCUCACUUUUUUUACGUUUACUUGUUUCCCGUACCUCCUCAUACCUCCCUCUUUUGUAUUCCAAUUAAAUUUGUUAAUCCAACAAUUCCUUUCCCUCCUUUUUAAUCCUAAUCUUUAAUCUUGAUAUAUUAUAACUUUAAAUUUUUACAUAUUAAAAACCAAUUUUUCCAUAUUCUUUUGUACCCGUACAGCUAAAAACCACUUAACUUCAAUCCAACAUCAUUCUAACAUUCAUUAUCAAGUCACCAUCUUUGGAUGCUGGUGGUCCAGGAAGAAGCACCUUGGCAAAUGACUGCAAGGUUCAGGCAGGGCUGUCUGACAGAAUGCAGCCAUUGAGAUCUACAUCUAGGUAGCUGCACACACAGCUACCGGUCAAAUAGAACAAAGGAAUGUUUGGGGCAAUGGGCAAAAUGCUUUUGCUGUGCCCCAGAUGGAUAGUUUUUAGGCUGUUUUUAUCCUUCUUCAUGACACACAUUGACACCACCUGUUUUGCUGUUGUUUCGCUAUAGUUUCCAAGAGGCAGCUGUGUUAGUCCGAGGCAGCAAAAAGGAGAAGAGUUGGUUUCUUCAGAGACUUCAAACGCUGCCUAUAAAGUUUCACAGUCAUGAGGACUAGGAUUUAAAAUGAUGAUUUAGACUCUGAGGAAGCUGAAUUCUGCGUUCAGUUCUAGGGCAUUGCAGAACUGUAUCACAUGCAGCACCCUGGUUCUAACCAGCACUGAAGUUUAGUGGUGGGCUUGUGUGAGCCAGGAAUUAAAAUGAACAAUAGCAAUAAAUGCAGAAUGAACAGUAAUUUCUUGCUUGGUUCACAGGUUUGCAGACAGUCUUGUGUAUUAUGGAGUGAGCCACCAGGUUGGGGAUUUUGGCUUGGACAUCUACAUGACCCAGCUUGUGUUUGGAGCUGUGGAAAUACCAUCUCGAGCCUCCUGUAUCUUCCUCCUCCAGUGGAUGGGGAGGAAGAAAUGCCAGGCCGCUUGGCUUUUCCUAGGCGGAGUCAUGUGCUUGAUCAUCCCUGCUAUUCCAACAGGUAAAAAAGCCACUUGAGGGAGAAAACCUGGAAGGCAAACUGCAAGGCAGACAAGGGAAACCUGCAGCCCUCCAGAUGUUGCUGGAUUUCAACUCCUAUCAUCCCUGAGCAUUGGCCACCUUGGCUGGGGGAUGAUGGGAGUUGAAGUUCAACAUCUGGCGGGCCAAAGGUUCCCCAUCCCCAAUGUAAGAUGUGACCCACAGGCCCCUGGCUAUACAGAGCUGCUUCAGAAGGACGCAGAUGUGCCUGUAUAUUCUCAGAACUUGUCUCUUGUUUGUGCAGAGUGUUCCCCUUUUGUCUCUUUCUUCAUAGAGAGGACACAACAGGCAAGCACUGUUGGAGUUAAAGGGAGCUAUAAGGCCUGAGCCCUGGGUCUUUUGCACUGGGGACCUGAUCUUCUGCCCCUUGCUGCCUUUUUGAACCAUUUUUUAAUAAUAAGGGGAAAAAACAUGUUCCUUUCCCCGUUUCUGUCCUCCCACUUCCUCCUUUCCACUGAGAUCCUCAAGGGACUAAGUUCUGAGAAACAAACAGGCCACAGGUUUGCAUAGUUACACUAGCCAGUAUAUAGGUAUGCUUGCAAAUCUAGAAGCAGUUACUAAAAUUUAAAUAGAAACCCAUGCCUUCCAAUAUUUCUCAAUUGAAAAUAGGAACACCCAGUGCCUUUUUUUCUUUAAAAAAAAUGUUCAGGGGUAUUCUCAUUUCCCUACUCAUAUUGAAAUACUGCCCCUCAAUGAGGCCAAAGUUAGAUUCACAAAAUAUUUAGGGGUGCAUCCCCUUGCGUGCCCCGAGAAGAAAAGCACUGGGAACGUUCCAAGGAAAAGCAUGACAUUCCGGGAUCAAAACAGAAACUGCGACGGCUUCUGUAAAUCCGGGACUGUCCCUGGAAAAUAGGGACAUUUGGAGAGUCUGGAAAUCUUAACAGGGGGAGACUGUGAGAAAGUGGCCUGAAAUGUGGACUAUAUAGAGAAAUAAAAAUAAAUAAAAGUAAAUGAUGGUUUAGCAUUAUGUGGUGACACAGCAAUCUCUAGCCCAGUAUUAGCGACUGAUGGCAUCUCUCUAGGUCACAGAAGAGGUCCUUCUGCAUCACUUCCUACACCACUAGAUUCUCCAAAAUGGAGAAAUUGAACCUGAGAGCUUCUGCAACCAAAGCAAGUGCUCUAAUACUGCCAGUCUUCUCCCCAAACGAGCCCCAGAAACCAUUCUAGCUACCCAUAGAUUUGUGGUGACAAUAUUUCCGGAUUUCUGUAGGACCACAGGUAACAUUUCAGAACUGGAUUAGACAUUUUGCUAGGCCUGUGGUCCUUCAACAAUGCCUUACCUUGAUUUUUUGUGGUCUACUUUCUAACCUCCCUGCCUGUCUUUGCCCAGACUUCCCUGUGAUUGUGACGGUGCUGGCUGUUAUUGGCAAGUCUGCGUUGGCUGCCUCCUUUUCAACCACCUAUGUGUUUUCUGCUGAAAUCUUUCCCACAGUUAUCAGGUGAGGAUAUCUUGGGUAUAGGCGCUUAGAAAAUGAAUUUCAACUUUCAGCUUUACCUGGGCAGUUUUGCCCACAGGCAUAAUGACAACAAAGGGGGCUUUAAAUCUUGCAUGAGGACUAUCUUUUAUUCUAUGUAACAAAGAAUUCUAGUAGAUUUGACUGUGCUUUUACUGUAUAUGUAGUGGUUCUUGGUGUUUUUGGAUGAUGCCCAUGGCCUUUUGGCUUGUGCAAUAAAGUUUAUGAAAAUGGUAUCAUUUAACUGGAGGUAUACGCAAAAGAUUCAAGUGCCUGAACUUUGAGGUCUUCAGUGUACAAAGCAUAUUCUGAAAAUUCUGAGAUAUGAAUCCUCCACAUAUUGUGCUAUAAAUAAGUGCAGGACAUUGACAGUAUAUCUUGUCAAUUUUGUGUUGGACCUGACCACAAUGCUCUUCCGAAGCAAAAUAAAGGGGAGCAUUGUCUUGUGCCCCAAGAUAUGCCCUCAGGUUAGGGGCCUCAGCCCCAGGAAGGUAAACCCUUUUACCAGAUUGCUUGCCAAAGAGAGCAGUUAGCAAUGAAACGAAUGAGCCCAAUUUUAGACAUGUUCAUUGAUUUCAGUGAGUCUGUUCUGAGUAAAGCAUAGCUGAACACCAUCCAAUGUACACAGCUACAUAUAUUCAUGAAAACAACAUAUUUUAAAUGCAUUGCGUUUGGCAAAAUUGAUUGCAAAGAUGGGUGCAAUAGGCAAAAUAGCAUACUUCUAAUGUGUGUGAUAGUGCACUAAAGUGACGAAAUCAUAAACUGCUGCAGAAAUGUGGUGAACUGCAUUUAAAACUGAAAAACCCCCAAAAACAUUAGAGAUACCAAAACCGAGAUAUUUGUCCUUUCCUUCCUGUUGUGUAAUUGUUUACUGCAUGGUGUGGCUGAUUUGCUUCUGGAAACUUGCCCCUGGCCGGGCACAUCUGUCUGUGCCUCCUCUCAGGCAUAGCUCUCUGUGUUUUGCUACUUCCACCAGGCAAAGCAGUUUAGGCUUGUGCUCCAUGGUUGGCAGAGUAGGGGGCAUCCUUGCCCCGCUGAUUGUUCUCCUGAGCAAAUACCACCCUGCUAUUCCCAUGGUGAUACUUGGAGGCACAGCUCUGUCUGCGGGAAUCCUCUGCUUUUUUCUUCCUGAGACACAGAACCAGGAUCUUCAAGACGACAUCAGAGACUCCCCAGCAAGCCAGAGGUGAGUUGCAUGGAAUUCUAGAAAUAUAGUAAGUAUAUAAGUUCACAUUUUGUACAUUGCAUGCCCUCAAGCUGCUCCAUUCUGCCCCCACCCCAUUGUGUUAAGUCCUGGUAAAACACUGCCCCUCUUUUGGGGAGAAGUAAGUCCACUGAGGACUAUGGGCUUUUCUCCAGAAUAUAAAGGUUUAACUACAUAUGACAACAUUAAUGAUGAAUGAGUUUUAUGUUUUGAAAAAUUUAGCACCAGGUUCCUGCCAUAGUUGUUGCUGGGAUUGCAGCUUAAGCUUCUCUUCCCAAGCCACAAUCUUUGUGAAAUUUGCCCCCCACUGAAAGCAAAUUAGCUUUCAGAAAAUGCUAGGGUGGCUUAAGUUAGCAAUAGUGUUCAGGGGUUUGUGGGUAGGGAGGAUUUGGUUGCCAUAGAGAGGGAAAUUUCAUGGAGGCAGAGGAGAAAAAGCAUUCCUCACUCCAUGCACUCUGAUCUUGAUAACAAUCCCCUUCUGUGUCUCAUACUUAGUUUAAAAACACACACAAAUGUGAUUGCUAAUUGUGGGGUGACCAGUUUCAUGUAACCAACAUGCUUAAGUCUAGUUAAUGUGUGAAGGGGUUAACACCAUAGAGUAAGCUGUCCUGCCAGGCUUAGCUAUGCCAUCCCCUCCAACAUCCUGCUGAUCAAAAUUGGGAUGCUUAUCUUUUUGGUCUUGAUCCAGAGCAAAAAAUGAGUGCCUUUUGGUCUGGCGCUCUAGCACGAGACUGCUAAUUUGUGCAAGAGCACAGGGCCAAAAAAACAGGACAUUUUGGGAUCCAAUCAGAAGCCAGGAUGGUUUCUGCUCACCCCCUGUAACCACAGAUGGAUGACAGCUUGGAAGUCUCCAAGGAAGAGAUGACAGUGGUGGUGAUGAGGCUAGUGGGCGAUAGAGGGCUACUUUAUGUCAUGUUUAUUUAUAUUCCCUUUCAUUAGGUCCAACAAGGCAGUCAACGGUAGCUUUGAAAAUGGACCUGUGCAGACAGAAGAUGGCCAACUGAAAGAAGCCGCCAUCACUACACGCUUCUAGCAGAAAUAACACUUGGAUCCAAAGGACAUUUAGCGAAGAUUUCAGGGAUGAGUGAAUUGGUCGUUUUGAUUUCUCCCCGUUUCUCAUCUCUCGAAACUCUAGUUCUUCACAUUCCCUCACCGGUUUCUUCAGUCCUCGUGAAGAUUUAUCAGCACUUUAGUGCGAAUUUCUCCUAAUACGCACAUUUUUGUGCACACCUUUCUCUGAUACAAU